AUGGAAACAGUUGAGCCAAGUGUUGAUAUCAAUGCAUUUAAUGGAGCAAAACCAAAACACAGCAAAGCUGCUGUAGCACCAAGCAAGAUGACACUCCAGAGAGUUAAGCUUGACAAUCAGAAGGUUAAAGUUUGCUGCAGAAAUAAAGAUGCCCUGAGAUACCUUCAGCAAUACACAUAUUAUAUCUCCAAAGACAGACUGCAGAAAGGGCUUUUACUUGACUUCUUUACGCAGAAAAAAUGUACAAAGCCAUACUUUACUUUUACUGAAGACCAGACUGGCAAUUACAACGUUACAUCACUGUCUUUGUAUGGCGCGGAAUAUAUCAAGUGGUCAUUGGAAAGGUAUGAGUACAAGUCAUAUAGUAAUGUCAGCGAGCUGAAAUUUGAAGUGCUGAUUGCAAAGUAUGGGUCUGAAAUACUAGGCGUAGGCAGAACAGAUGGUGAUAUUUUAUUUGAAAAUGGUCUCAUACAAUUGGUGUGCCGAAAGUCUUGUGUAGGAAUAGUCGAUACAUAUAUCAAGACUCUGCUCCAAUUUGAAGGAGAAAAAGACUUUUCAAUAAAAACAUCAGAUUUAGAAAAAACGAAAGAAUUGUGCAAAGAACUUGUUGAAGAUGGAUACGAGAGUGUGAUUACAAACAACGAGGGACCAAAACUGAUUGUUCUUUUUGAGACGUAUGACGAAAUUACCAAAGUUUCAAAAAGAGUACAAUCAAUUCAAGGAAAAGAUGUCAAGCCAACUGGCAGACAACGUAGACAUGGAGCUGCUGCUGACCCUUUACCUAAUUCCAAUGAUUCAGAACAAGUUAAAGAAUCAGCUAUGUCUGGAAGAAAAAUGACAUGCCGACCGGAGAAUCUUGUUAAAUACUCUGUUGGCUCGUUCGAAAUACAAGUUUACAAAGCAAGCAUUUGUGAUCUUAGUGUUGAUUGCAUAGUGAAUGCGGCUAAUGAUAGACUUUCACACGGUGCUGGAGUAGCAAGGGCAAUUGCGGAUCGUGCAGGCGAUGACCUAACUAAGGACGGAAACAAGUAUAUUCGCUCUAAAGGUCCAAUACCAGUUGGAGAUGUUGCUGUUACAACUGCAGGACUUCUUCCGUACAGAUGUGUUAUUCAUGCAGUGGGACCAAAUUGGAGUGAUUACGAUACUAACACACCUGAUGGUGUUCAACAAUGUGGCAAAGAUCUCUACCAGGCUGUUUUAAACAGUUUUUCAAUGGCAAAUGCUAAAGGAAUGAAAUCAGUUGCAAUACCAGCAAUAAGUUCUGUGAAAUCAAAAUCUCCAAAGGAACGAUGUGAGAUGAUGAAAGAUACUGACAAAUCAGACGAUAUAACAUUAGGAGCUGAAAUGUUUUGGAGCGGGUUCCUUGCUUAUUGUGAAAAUGUUCAACGAAAAGAGAAGGAGACUAGAAAUUUGCUAGAUGUGUACCUUGUUUGUAACACAAAUUAUACCCUGUCGAAGACAAUAGAUUUACUUGGAAAAAAGAAUGAAUUGUUGGCACAGGAUGUAAAGAAAAUACCCGCAGGCAAUGUGGGGAAUGACAUUACACAAGAAGAAUUGAAGAACCAAGACACUUGUGUUAUAUGUAUGGAGAAAAUAAAUGAACCGAAAAAGCUUGUGUGUGGUCACAUUUUCUGUAGAGACUGCAUCGACCUAUCACUAAGCUUCAAGCAAACUUGUCCAACGUGUCAGUGCGAAACUCAUCCGUCUCCUGGUAAAAUGUAUGAAGGGAUAUCGAGAACCGCAUAUCUCCCUGACAAUGAGCAAGGACGAAACAUUUGCAAAAUGCUGAAAGUUGCCUUUGAAAGGAAACUGGUUUUCACCAUUGGAGACUCACGCACAACAGGCCACGACGGCGUGAUAACUUGGAACGAUAUCCACCAUAAGACAGAUUAUAGGGCAUAUAGCCAGUUUGGUUAUCCCGAUCCGACAUAUCUGGAAAGAGUGACCGAUGAGCUCAAAGCUAAAGGUGUGACGCUGGAUGAUAUUAACCCAACAGAUAAACUGGAGGGAAUCAUCACAACAGACUAA